UGACAGGGCUAUUGGAAAUGUUCCUGUAUCUCAUCGUUUGGUGUAUGAUAGGUGCUCAGUUACAUAUAGUAUUGGCAUGUGACACAGGCGAUAUUCAACAUGUUAGUUCCGUGUCUUUUGACAAUGGUACUUACUUCAUUGCAACGUGUAAUGACGGCUUCGUGCCUGAGAAAAUCUAUCUUCAAUGUUUUAACGGAACAUGGCAAUACGAUGAAGUCUGCACAUCAAAAUACGAAUACCCUCUAAACAUAACUGAAAUACGACUUUCUCGAGGUCCUUACCAUGGUCGGAUAGAAUUAAAAGUCAAUGAUACGUGGGGCACAGUAUGCAACGACAGUUUUAAUGCAAAUGAUGCAAACGUGAUCUGCCAUAUGCUUGGGUUUACAGAAGGAGCAAAUUAUAUUGGCAUUGCUUCUUUCGGAGAAGGAAGCGGCCCAAUUUAUGUUGACGAGCUAUCUUGUUCUGGCAAUGAGAGUCAUAUCAACGAAUGCAAAUAUAAUACAGAAGAUGACUGUUCUCAUUCUGAAGAUAUGUCUGUUAUAUGUAAUGUUGAUGUAAAUAUAACCGAAGCAAGACUUGAAAAUGGAACAGGUCCAUAUGAUGGUCGUGCGGAGGUUAAGGUGAAUAGCACAUGGGGUACUAUUUGUGGUACAAACUUUGACGAGACACAGGCAGACUCAUUUUGCAAUUUGUUAGGACUAAGGGCUACUCAGUUUUACACAAAUGCUACAUAUGGAGAAGGUACAGGCCCCAUAUUCGACAUAUACUGCAGCGGCAGUGACAUGAGCAGUUGUUUGUACUUAAUUACAGAUAGAUGUAACCAUAGCAAAGACGUCUCUGUCGUGUGCAAGGGUUAUCCGAUAAACAUUACUGAUAUACGUCUAGCGGAUGGCAACAGAACGAGCAGAGGACGGGUUGAAAUUCAUUCGAUUGGGCUCUGGGGCACGAUUUGCGACCAUUCCUUUGGAAUGCCAGAAGCAAACGUUAUAUGUAGUAUGGUUGGAUAUCCGAAAGCUGUUUCCUAUCAUGGCCAAGCAUUUUAUGGCGAAGGCAAAGGGCCGGUAUUUGUGGAUGAUCUUGAAUGUGGACUGAACGCAGCACAUUUAAACAACUGCACGUACGUUACAAACGACAACUGUGAGCAUUCAGACGAUGUAUCUGUCGUGUGUACUGACUGUGGUGACCUAAGACCAGCACACGGUUUCGUUAACGCAUCCGAUUCAAGAUUAGAUACUACUGUAUACAUUCAAUGUGAAGAUGGAUACCGACUUAUCGGCAGUCCUCUUAUCACGUGCCAGCAAUCUAACAACUGGUCUGAUCACCCAACAUGCAAACUAAUAGGUUGUGGUGAUCCUACACCUUCUCAUGGCAUAAAAAAUUCCAACGAAACUACAAAUGGAACAGUAAUACUGAUAUCAUGUGACAAAGGCUACACUCUGUCCGGAAACGCUUCAAUAACAUGUCAGUCUGAUGAAACAUGGUCUGAUAUUCCAACCUGUGAGAUAAUAGAUUGUGGGAAGCUGGAAGUUGCGAAUGGAACUGUAAAUUUGUCUUCUGCAACUACAUUUGGAGCAUUAGUGUCUGUUUCCUGCAACGAAGGUUAUGAUUUAGAUGGUUCUAACAUUGUUGAAUGUACAGCGAGUGGUUGGAAUAAAUCUGUAUCUUGCAUAUUACAAGAUUGCGGUGAUCCGACACCAGAAAACGGAAAGCUUUUAACAACGGAAGGCACGAAGUUUGGGAAUAAGGUUGAAAUAGAUUGUAGCGUCGGGUAUGAGCUGAUAGGGGAAAGGAUAGUUACUUGUCAGAACGGCAGUAAAUGGAGUAAUGCUUCCAUUUGCAGAAUAAAAGACUGUGGAUGGCCUUCGCCAUCAAAUGCCAGUGUAAACUUAUCUCAUAAUGUAACAACAGUUGGUGCGAUUGGAGUCAUAAGUUGUUUUGAAGGCUAUAGUCUUAGCAAUAAGGGAAAUGAACUUUCUGGAAACUCAACUAUAAUAUGUCAGGCAAAUGGAACUUGGAGUGAAAUUCCUGUUUGUGACUUCUCUGAUUGUGGCAAGCUGGAAGUUGCGAAUGGAACUGUAAAUUCGUCCUCUGAAACUAAAUUAGGCGCAUUAGUGUCUGUUACUUGCAACGAAGGCUAUGAUUUAGACGGUCCUUACAUUGUUAAAUGUACAGCGAGUGGUUGGAAUGAAUCUGUAUCUUGCAUAUUACAAGAUUGCGGUGAUCCCACACCAGAAAACGGAAAGCUUAUAACAACGGAAGGCACGAAGUUUGGGAAUAAGGUUGAAAUAGAUUGUAGCGUCGGGUAUGAGCUGAUAGGGGAAAGGAUAGUAACUUGUCAGAACGGCAGUAAAUGGAGUAAUGCUUCCAUUUGCAGAAUAAAAGACUGCGGAUGGCCUUCUCCAUCAAAUGCCAGUGUAAACUUAUCUCAUAAUGUAACAACAGUUGGUGCGAUUGGAGUCAUAAGUUGUUUUGAAGGCUAUAGUUUUAGCAAUAAAGAAAAUGAAAUUUCUGGAAACUUAACUAUUACAUGUCAGGCAAAUGGAACUUGGAGUGAAAUUCCUGUUUGUGACUUCCCUGAUUGUGGCAAGCUGGAAGUUGCUCAUGGAACUGUAAAUUCGUCUUCUGAAACUAAAUUAGGCGCAUUAGUGUCUGUUACCUGCAACGAAGGCUAUGAUUUAGACGGUCCUUACAUUGUUAAAUGUACAGCGAGUGGUUGGAAUGAAUCUGUAUCUUGCAUAUUACAAGAUUGCGGUGAUCCGACACCAGAAAACGGAAAGAUUUCAACAACGGAAGGCACGAAGUUUGGGAAUAAGGUUGAAAUAGAUUGUAACGUCGGGUAUGAGCUGAUAGGGGAAAGGAUAGUAACUUGUCAGAACGGCAGUAAAUGGAGUAAUGCUUCCAUUUGCAGAAUAAAAGACUGUGAAUGGCCUUCUCCAUCAAAUGCCUAUGUAAACUUAUCUCCUAAUGUAACAACAGUUGGUGCGACUGCAGUCAUAAGUUGUUUUGAAGGCUAUAGUCUUAGCAAUAAGGGAAAUGAAAUUUCAGGAAACUCAACUAUAACAUGUCAGCCAAAUGGAACUUGGAGUGAAAUUCCUGUUUGUGACUUCUCUGAUUGUGGCAAGCUGGAAGUUGCUCAUGGAACUGUAAAUUCGUCUUCUGAAACUAAAUUAGGCACUUUAGUGUCUGUUACCUGCAACGAAGGCUAUGAUUUAGACGGUCCGUACAUUGUUAAAUGUACAGCGAAUAGUUGGAAUGAAUCUGUAUCUUGCAUAUUACAAGAUUGCGGUGAUCCCACACCAGAAAACGGAAAGCUUAUAACAACGGAAGGCACGAAGUUUGGGAAUAAGGUUGAAAUAGAUUGUAGCGUCGGGUAUGAGCUGAUAGGGGAAAGGAUAGUUACUUGUCAGAGCGGCAGUAAAUGGAGUAAUGCUUCCAUUUGCAGAAUAAAAGACUGUGGAUGGCCUUCUCCAUCAAAUGCCAAUGUAAACUUAUCUCCUAAUGUAACAACAGUUGGUGCGAUUGGAGUCAUAAGUUGUUUUGAAGGCUAUAGUCUUAGCAAUAAGGGAAAUGAACUUUCUGGAAACUCAACUAUAAUAUGUCAGGGAAACGGAACUUGGAGUGAAAUUCCUGUUUGUGACUUCUCUGGUAUACUUUUAUACGCUUUUUUCUAUUUUCUUCUUUCUUCUUUUUGUAGUCUAAAAAUUAUUUACAUUUUCUGCUCGUUCUACAUGAUUUUCUGGAAUGACAUCUCAGCCAAAACCAAAAUUUUGACCAACUUACAAUUAGAAAAACCUUAAAAAUGUGAAUGUUAAAUAACAGUUCUUAACUUGAAUUAUUUAAAAGUCCAACAUCUCCAAGUUGUCUCUGUAAAAUUUCUACCACAACAUUGAUAGCGUUUAAACAAUAUCGA